UGAAGAUGGCGUGUGGAGGACGACUUCGCUAGAGAGAGGAUCCCUGUCAUGGCGCUUGUGGCUAAACUUCAACCUUUGCUUUAGUAAGAAACUUGCUCACAUCUGCAGCUCAUCUGAACCCUGAUCACCGGUGAGAGCUAAGGGUAGGACAGCCGCUGAUGCAGAAUCCCGCGAAUUUGCCCGUCCUCAUUUGAAGCUCUGUCUGGAUUGGCUCCACGGCUGGACGCGCGAGCCACGCGCAGUUUUGGACGACACGGGUACGAUACGGGAAGGAGCUCCUGUAGUGCUAAUAUAAUAAAAAGGCAUGACGCCCGGACUGCGGCUCCUCUGCAUACACCUUGAGCUUCACCAUCUCUCUUCUUUCUCUAUAAGUGUCCAGAGAGCUUCAUCAUAACCAACUCUCCCAUUUUCGAUUCACAAGCUGCCCACCGUCAACAUGCUUUCCACUGCCCUCACCACGCUCUCUCUUCUCCCCCUCGCUCUCGCUCACUUUACCCUCGAGUGGCCCGAAGCUCGUGGCUUCAGUGAUGAUACAUCGACUACUUUCCCGUGUGGAGGUUUCAACACCGUUUCUUCGAACCGCACCAAUUUCCCAACCAGCGGUGGACCCAUCCAACUUGACAUGGAGCACACACAAACCAAUCUCGCCGUGUACUUGGCUCUCGGUGAUAACCCUGGAGGCAACUUCAACACUAUCCUGCUUCCUCAGCUCUCUCAACAGGGUCUGGGAGACUUCUGCAUGGGGAUGGUCAACAUCCCGGCGAACUUGAACGUUUCAGCAGGAACAUUGGCUACGAUCCAGGUUGUGAGCAACGGAGACGGCGGUGGCGGUCUUUACCAGUGCGCCGACGUAGUCUUUGUUGACACCCCUCUUUCCACAACUGAAUACAGUGAUCAUUGCAAAAACAACACCGGCUCAAAGGUGGUUCAGGAAAACAUUUCCGGGAAUCCAAAUGGCACAGCCGCAAGCACGACUGCAAGUGCAACUUCAUCCGUGUCGGCUGCUGCCAGCGCUGGCGCUGCUGCAGCCCAGGCAACGGCGGCCUCCUGGGUAUUGGGUGUUAUUGGUAUGGCUGGACUUGCAAUGUUAUAGUUUGGCACAAAAUGGGACGGAGUUACAGGGCGUUUGUGCUAAAUAGCAAUGCAUGCUUCGAUACCAGCUGUGAUCAUCUGAAUAUUAGAAAUACUCAAAAAUACUUGCAAUCGGACUGCGAAUCAAAGUAUCCUUACGACAUGCACUGUGGUAAAAACCUUGAUAU